AUGGCGUCUCGAGAGAAAACUGAUCAGUCAGUAUCAUCUAAAUCGAGUUGUAACAUACAUGUAAUAUUCCGGUUCGCAGAUUGGAUAGAUAUAGUUCUGAUGGUACUUGGAACGGUGGGAGCCAUUGGAGAUGGCAUGUCUACAAAUGUGGCGUUAGUGUUUGCAAGCAAGAUCAUGAAUAGCUUGGGCUACGGUCAACACAAUCCUCAUACCACUACUUUCAAGGACGAGGUUCAGAAGUGCAGCUUAUACUUCGUAUACUUGGGAUUGGCUAUCCUGGGAGUGGCAUUUAUGGAGGGGUAUUGUUGGAGCAAAACAAGCGAAAGACAAGUGGAGAAGAUUCGUCGAACAUAUCUUAAAGCUGUUCUCCGACAAGAAGUUUCUUUCUUUGAAUCAGAAGAUGCUUCCAUUUCUGAAAUUAUUCACACCAUUUCCACUGACACUUCUCUCAUCCAACAACUUCUUAGUGAAAAGGUGCCCAUAUUCUUGAUGAACACAUCAGUGUUCAUUACAGGCCUCGUGUUUGCGGCAUACUUCUCAUGGAGAUUAACCCUAGUAGCCCUCCCAUCACUUCUUCUUCUUCUAAUCCCAGGGUUGAUCUAUGGCAAGUACCUUGUUUAUUUAUCUAAAAAAUCCUACAAGGAAUACGCCAAAGCAAACUCGAUCGUGGAACAGGCUCUAAGCUCCAUCAAGACCGUUCUUUCAUUCACGGCUGAGACUCAAAUCAUCAAGAGCUACUCAGAGAUCUUAGAAAGACACAAAAAGCUUGGCUUAAAGCAAGGUCUGGCCAAAGGUUUAGCCGUGGGAAGCACAGGGAUCUCUUUCACCAUAUGGGCUUUUCUUGCGUGGUACGGGAGCAGAUUGGUGAUGCACAAACAAGAAACCGGUGGACGCAUUUACGCAGCCGGGAUCUCUUUCAUCUUGAGUGGCCUGUAA